GGUAGUUUGCCCUAAACGGCAAAAAAACAAAAAAGGAAGAGGGAAAAUCAGACCGGAGAUGAAAUAUGGAGAAAUUGGAGAACGAUCUCGACGGCGUGGUUCCUUGCUCUUCCCUGGCCGUUGAUUCUAUUCUCCGUGUUGGAACGGCUGGUGCUAUCUGGGGGUUGUGUACUGGUCCUUACGACGCUCGUAAACAAGGCCUGAGUGGUGUUGCUAAUGCUGCUUUCGUGGCGAGGUCGGUUGGUGGGUUCGGGCUUCAGUGUGGACUUGUUGCUGGAGUUUUUACUGUUACUCGAUGUGGACUUCGAAAGUACAGAGGAAAGAAUGAUUUGGUGAAUGGUCUGAUUGCGGGUGCUGUAGCAGGGGCAACUGUUGCUGCUAGGACGCGAAACUGGGCACAAGUAGUUGGGACUGCUUGUCUAGUUUCUGCCUUCAGUGCUGCUGCUGAUUAUUCUAGAACAAUGUGAGUUUCCUCGUGGUUAUGGGUGAAGAUAUUCUUACCUUUCAAUUUCUCACACAUUAUUAACCUUCAAUCUGGAAGGCACUCAAAUAUCAUUGAAACUUUUUGUUGCCAUAAUGAAAGUUAUCAUUGAAAGUA